AUGAUUUGCAAGACUUCCAGUCGCGCUUUGCCUGAUCUUUACGAGGCUUCAAUCGCAGAACUCCAAGAUGGCCUAGUAGAAGGAUACUUCAAUAGUGUUCAGCUCGUGAAGGCCUACCUGCGCAGAAUUGUGGAAGUUAAUUUGGAAGGCCCUGCAUUACAUGCGAUCAUCGAGACCAAUCUAAAAGCCUUAUCACAAGCUGCGGCCCUUGAUGAUGAACGGAAAGUCAAAGGUAGCCGUGGGCCUUUGCAUGGGAUACCUUUGUUGUUGAAAGAUAACAUUGCUACACUGCAUGAAGAAGGAAUGGAUACGACUGCAGGUUCCUACGCACUGCUAGGUUCUGUUGUCCCGCGAGACUCGUUUGUUGCAGCAAAAUUACGUGAAGCUGGAGCUAUAUUCAUAGGCAAAGCAAACCUCUCCGAGUGGGCUGGUAUGAGGGGACAAGUUCCCUCUGGAUUCUCGGGGCGUGGAGGGCAAACACUUUGUCCCUGCUACCCGAAUGCUGACCCACUCGGUUCAAGCUCCGGAAGUGGUGUUGCGAUGGCUAUUGGUCUAGCAGCCGGGUCUCUUGGUACAGAAACUGAUGGUUCUAUUGUUGACCCGAGCAGCAGGAACAAUGUCGUGGGUAUCAAGCCAACCGUCGGGCUGGUAUCCCGUUCAGGCGUGAUACCAAUCUCUUCCCAUCAAGAUACUGCUGGCCCGAUGUGUCGCUCUGUCGCUGAUGCCACCCUGCUAUUAAACUGCAUUGCUGGGCCCGAUCCUCGAGAUGAAGCUAGUUUGCAUCAGCCCGGAGUGAUCCCAAACUACAUGAGAGCGCUCGAUAAAAAUGCCCUUAAAGGCGCUCGUCUUGGGGUGCCUCGUUCCUUCAUCCGCAAUGUCAAGGCAAUUGAAGAGACAUUCAACUCCUCUCUUGACAUUUUUCGAGCUUUAGGCGCGGAAAUCAUCGACCCUGCGGAUUUCCCAGCCACAGAAGAACUAUUAACAUCGAAAGCGGAGCAGUUGGUCUCGGCCGUGGAUUUCAAGAUUGAUAUCAACAAGUACAUAUCAGAAUUGGUCGAAGUCCCGACAGGCGUGAAGGCGCUCGCAGAUCUGAUAGAAUUCAACAAGACUCAUGUAGAUCAAGAACUUCCAGCGCCGUUUUAUACAGAUCAAUCCCAAUUCAUCGAAUCGGAAGCUGCACAGGUUGAUGACGCCUAUUUUGCGGCGCUGGCGAAGGACUUCGAGUUGGGGCGCACGAGAGGAAUUGACGGUACCCUGGCCCAGUUCAAUCUCGAUGCCAUAAUUCUACCAACCGAUGCCCUAGCGCCCCUACCCGCAGCAAUUGCAGGGUAUCCGUUGAUCUCAGUGCCCCUCGGCUUUCAGUCAGAUGACGUCAAAGUGCUUCCUGAGACGCCAUCACCACUUCACACUCAAGCUCCGGGACUUCCUUUUGGAAUCUCUUUUAUGGGUACUGCGUAUAGCGAGUUCAAGCUCAUCGGCUACGCCUAUGCGUUUGAGCAGGCUACCCACGUGAGGCUUCAGAGAAGGGCAUAUGCCGAUGCGAUUCCUAGGACUCAGUUAACUGAUGUCGUGUUUCAGUGA